AUGAAUACUUAACUAGCAUAAAUUAUAAAAUAUACACCUGUGAGUGAAUUUAAGGUAAGCUUGAGAAAAUUAGUUAAUUUUGAAGAGAAGUAUUAAUAAUUAUUAGUUAUAAUAGUUAAUUUACAUUUCAACCAAUGGAUCUAGAUAGUGUAUUUAUGUGUGAAUUAUUAAAUGAAUAUGAAAAGAAGGAUGAUGAAAAUUUAAAAGCUUGGGUUAAGACUGAAAAGUAUUUAUUAUCAAAAAAUGAAAUUGAUAUUGAACAUUUCUUUGAAAGAUAAUAUUUAAUGUUAAUGAAAGAGCUAGAUAAAGAUAUAUACUUUUAAUUAAAUGAAUAAUUAUUCAAAUUCAGAGUGAGAUUAAAUGGUGAAUUUUCUAUCAUUUUUAGAUUAAAAUAGUUUGAAGCUUUUGAGCAAUUAUUGAAAAAACAAAUUUAGCAUUUAUCACCAAGAAUGACAAUUUCAUUAAGAAAAUAAAUUCAAAAUCGAAAAACACUUUCUAAUAGACCUUCUAGUUUAGGUAAAAUGUUUUUAAGAGCAUUUAGUAAAAAUAACAUUGAAAUUGGUAUAUUAUUCAAUAUUACAUAGAAUCUCAAUAAUAAUAAGAACCAUUAUUUACUUUUAAGAAUAUUAAUGGUUUAGAUUGUUAUUAAUUAAAUGAAUUUGAUUAAUUUUCUAAGUAAGAAUAAAACAUUAUUUUAAAUGUCUCUUCUUCUCAUAAUAAAUUAGUUGAUGAUUCAGAUGAUGAUGAAGAACUUGAAUAAUUUUAAUUAGAUUCUAUUAAAAUUAAAUAAAAUGAAAUUAAAAAUCAUAAAAUCAUUUAAAGACAGUAAUAUCUAGAAUAUAUAUAUGGUAAUUAUAUUUAUAUAAAUAUUUAAGGAAAUACUAAAAAGUUAGAAUCAGUUAUAAUGUCUUCAAUACCUUUUAAUACAAUUUAAGAAAUCGAAAGUGAAAAUAUGAUAAGCAUAACUACUUUACAAAGACCAUUAUUAAAUAGUUAAUCAGCUGAAUCAGUUUUAAUUUAUGGUAACAAAUUACCAAAUAAAAACUUUAUUCCUAAAGAAAGAGAUUUAUGGAAGAUUGCUAAGCAAUUACUUAAAUAAAAAUACAAGCUUUUUUCAAGUGAGCAUUUUCUAAAAGCUCAAACACCACUUAGAAAACAAAAGAUAGCAUUAAUGAAGAAAAAUCUAAUGAAAAUCUAUAAUAAUGAUAUUUGUUGA